ACUGGAUGCGGCAAGCCGCAGCUCCUCCCUGGAGUCACGCAGUAUCGUCUUAACCUGAAGUCAAGUGGUAAAUCGCGGAGUUACUCGUACCACCUUCCUUCCAACUACGACCCGAACAAAAAGUAUCCCGUCGUGCUUGGAUUCCAUGGAUCGAGCAGCACUGGCUUGUUCUUCGAACUGGAUACGAAGAUGAGCCAGGAUAGAUUCAGUGGCGACACUAUCAUGGUCUAUCCAAAUGGAAUCCAGGGCAGUUGGGCGGGUCCGACUUAUCAUCAAGGUAGUAGCGUCGAGGAAGACAUCAUCUUUGUGCAGGAUGUGGUUACAGACUUGCAAGCUAAGUUCUGUGUGGAUCCGUCACGGAUAUAUGCUGCUGGUAUGUCGAAUGGUGGCGGCUUCAUUGGUACCCUUGUAUGCAGCCCCAUCGGGAGCAAGCUGUUCGCGGCUUUCGCAGCCCACUCAGCUGCGCUGUACACUGAUGUCAAUGGGCCAAACAAUGGAUGCAACCCUGCUCGCAAACCAAUCCCCAUCCUUGAGAUCCACGGCGGCAGUGACAAAGUCGUCAAGUACGAAGGCGGCCAAGGUGAAGGUGGACCUCUACCUCCGAUUCCAAGCUGGUCGGACUGGUGGGCAGAGCGCAAUUCCUGCGGUAAUAGGACCGAGGAGACUUCCCACGGCGGUGAUGUACAUCAUCUUUCUUGGGAUUGCGGUGGUGUUCCUGCGGCGCUGCAACACUACAAGGUCGAUAGCCUGGGCCAUGCCUGGGCCGAUACGGAGCCAAACUUCUCCCAGAUAUCGGUGCCCCAAGGGCCAAGUAAGAUUCAAGCUAGCGCUAUC